AAGCAAAGCAGCCUGUGUGGCACCAACACCAAGCUGUUGGCAGCUGCUGUGUCGCAAACAACAUUCGUGAAUCAAAAUUCCUCAGAAGGAUGAGAGAUGCAAGCGGCAGGGCCGUGCAAACAAUUUUGUCCAGGUGCUGGAAAUGGGACCUUUGAAGCUGAUGGCCACGUCUCCAGGUGACUUCUAACAAAAACCAGGGUGCCACUGACGCUGCCCAUGUCGCCAGGAUGCUUGACCGGACCUGGCACAGGUCUGAGCUGCAGAUCACGCUGGGGGUGGGUGCUUCCACAGCCCCGUUCCUCAAAGAACAGAAACUGCGCAGGGCUGUGUGUGAACGUGCCAUGGUGGCAGAGCAUCGAAAGCCAGGCACGACUCUGACUGCACCCUGGCUUCCCAAGAGAAACGCUGUGUGGGAUAUCAGUAAGACAUGGGGAACUGGAUUCUGGACUUUUGGAACAAUCUUAGCAUUCCUGAGUGUGCUCAUCAAGUGCUGGCGUAGAAUUGCCUGUCACCUACCUAGAACUCAGAAUGUUAGGGUAUUUGGGAUGGUAUGUUGUAAUGCUUGACAAACCGUGGGCGGGGUGGGAGGGAGGACGCUGUGGGUGUUCACAGGAGGGGGCGGAGGGCAGGACCGUGCCCAGCCCUGGUGUCAGAUCACUGGCUGUUUCACAGGGGGACAGCAGUGAAACUCCUGCUCCUGGUCUCCCUUGACCACGUGGCCAUACAGCUGCCCCAGGCCCUGAGCGGGCCCUCCUGGCCCUGGCCUCACCGGGCACUCUGCCACCCAGUGAGCUGCCCACAGCACCAGAAGGGCAUGGAGCGAGCUGCAAAGCCAAGGCCGCAUCUGUGAGAAAGAAGGACCUGGCAAUGACUGGCAGUGACACGAGUCCCCAGUUCCCAGUGAGACACCAACCUUCCGGUAUGUCUUUUCCGUUAUUUCACAAGCUGCCACACCCCCUGGGGCCUCCAGGACAAAAGGCUUUCCUCCUCUGAGCAGACACUGGCUCUCUCCAGUCGCAGCCAUGGAGGAGAUCGUGGCUGAUAAUCUGCUCCACUCCCUGCAAGAGCUGCUCCCUAAUGAAUUUGAGGUGUUCAAGCUUAAACUGCAAAACACCCGCCUGGAGAACGAGCCGCCCCAGAUCACUCGGAGGCAGCUGCAUGAGGCCACGCCCGUGCAAAUGACCGACCUGCUGCUGCGGCACUACGGGCAGAUCUCUGCCGUGCUGCUGACCCUGAAAAUCCUCAAGAAAAUGAACCUGGAACUGCUGGUCCAGAAGCUGAAGAGCGCCCUCGUUCCAGAGAGUCUGUCGAGCCAGCAGCUGGAGCCCAGCCUGACCCAGACCAAUUGGGUUCCGGCGGGCGCCAAGCAGGGCCGCCGGGUCCGCUUGAUGGCCAUCUCGGCCGGGAGACUGCAGAACCUCGGCGGGUCUGUGUGGCUGCGAGAGGGCCUGCGGAGCUCAGGCAAGGAGCGCCCUGAGCCUGGAGUCCAGCAUCCCUUGCGGGGACAAGGAGCUCGCCCACUGCUCUGCGCUUCCAGCCCAGGAGAAAAGGAAAAAAUUACUCCUGCCAGUGCUCAGGCGACUGCUGAUGCUGAAACUGUGUCAGCUGCAAAGGCAAGCGCCCUCACCGCUGGACCACCGACCCACGCCUUCACCGCUGGACCACCGACCCACGCCCUCACCGCUGGACCACCGCUCCUCACCCUGGAAACUUUGUCUGACAGUUAGUGGGACUGAGAAAAGCCGUCAAGAUUGGCUUCUGUAAGAAACUCUGGAUGUUGUAAUUGUCUGGUUUUCUGCCCUUUUUCCCCCUGCAUUUCACAACUCUCAAUCGGCCUCAUGCACAGUAAAUCUGAAGUGUAGGGUGAGAGCUCUCCACCAAGGAAAUCAUUCCUCAGAUGUGGGCAUGCCCCACGUCAGGGCACAUGUUCUUAGAACUCAAAUCUUCCUCUACUAUAGUCUGAGCAAAAAAAAAAAAGGAAAAGCAAUAACCUGAAACAAAAGCAGUUAAAUAAGCC